GCCGUAAGACAUGAGUUAUUUUUUAGCUUCUUAUUCUCUCGCUUAUUUCUGUGACAAUUGUAUAAUCUUAUCUCAGUAUUAUUGCUAUUCUUGCUAAUCCCUGUCAUUCUUGAACUGGUUGGUCGGGAAGACGAUCAACAGGAAGUUUUGAACCUUAUAAUAUACUUUAUAAGUUUGUAGUGUUUAAACUACAGUAGAAUUGUCAUUCGCCAUCAUCCGGGCGUUCGUGUAUAUAUAUAAAGCCCGCAUGUAUGGUUUUGACGCGGGCCGCGGAACAGCAGUUGGAUUCUCUGGAGAUCAUUGUACUUACUUUUACCUUGAUUGAUUUUGAAAGACAAUGGCUGAAAUUGAUGGGAAAAAAGUAGAUGAGUUGGACGGCGGACUUCAACACCCAUCUCACCAUCGGAUUCGAGGAACUUCUCUGUCAACAACAGAAGUGGACCCGCAUGGCUCAAGCUUGAAAGUAUUCAAACAAUGGUCCACUCGGCAGAAAAUUGUCGUAUGUGCCUUAGCCUUACUGGACUUCUGCGGCUUUGCUUGCUUGUCCGUCAUGGGCCCAUUUUUCCCAACUGAGGCAACCGCCAAAGGAGUAUCAGCCCAUGUGGUUGGUCUGAUUUUCAGCUGCUACGCGUUCACAACCUUUGCCACAUCUCCUCUCUGGGGUAGAGUCGUUCCGAGAUGUGGUCCGAAAGCCGUUAUUAUGAUUGGCGGACUACUCACUGGAUCUGCGUGUUGCGCUUUUGGAUUUCUUGACUUGAUACCAGACACGGUGGGUUUCACUGUGGCAUGUUUUACUGUGCGGAUGGUCGAAGCCCUGGGAUUCGCGGCAUUCAACACCGCUCUGUUCACGAUUGUUGCCUCCAUGUUCUUGGAAACGAUGGGCAGUGCUUUGUUGGAAAUCUUGAUCGGAUCAGGAUUAGCGAUAGGACCUGCGAUAGGCAGUGGUUUGUACAUGGCUGGCGGGUAUCCGGCGCCAUUUGCGUUUCUUGGUGCUUUACUGCUCUGCAUCGUCGGAGUGUUGUAUGUGACUUUGCCCUCUGUUCAACCCGUUUUGGAAGAUGACUCCAGUGUUGCCGAGACUUAUUCCACGGUGAAAGUGCUCAAGUCUUUCUCGGCCACGCUGAUUUGCAUGACCGUCCUGGGAAACGCGCUUGGGAUUGCUUAUCUCAUUCCCAUCCUCAGUCUUCACUUGGGCACGUUGGGAGUGGCGGAAGAGAAAGCCGGAUACAUGUUCUUGUGUCACUUGGGCAUGUACGCCUUGGUGGCGCCGAUUUCUGGUCAUUUUUCGGACAAAUACCCGAAAAAGAGGUUUGCCAUCAUCGGGUCUGGUUUACUCCUGUUCACUGCCGGAACUUUGAUCAUUGGACCAUCUCCUUUUCUUUUGGGCAUUCUCCCUCAGAAUCUGGGAACAACGAUAGUCGGUCUCCUCGUGAUUGGCAUGGGAUCAGCUUUUGCGCUCGUGCCCACCUUUCAGUCUCUCAUCACGUGCAUGAUAGAUAUGAUUGGUCCAUCGUUGGCAGCGACAACUAUGGAGUAUUUGGGAUUCCCGUGGUCGACCACAAUUUGUUCGUGCAUAUUAUUGGUCAUUGGUUUGUUGUGUGUGUAUCGCCAUAACGUCGACCGUCCCGAGAGGAGCAGACGAUUUUUGCAGCCGAGGACUAAUUCGACGAACGAGACAGCGCCACUUUUGCAUUGAGUACAUUCCGUUUCUAUGUUUUUUUUUUUUUUGACGUAAUUUCGAUGACGAUAUUCGACCCCUUUGACUGAAAGUAACUGAUUUCUUGCUGAUUCUUGAAAUUGUGACGGUUUAUUUUGUACACUUUUUCUUGUCCUGUUCAGUUUUUUUUUUUUU